GUCAAUGGCGCGGCAGACAAAGUUUUGACGGCCCUGCUUUUUGAUAUUUUUUGGUUUUUGAUGCGGAAUCAGUCAGUUAGACCAAGAUGGAGUUUCCAAUAGAUCAUCAAGGGGCGGGAUGCCAUUGGCCCUUAACCAUGUACCCAGGUCAGUUUGGCUGGAUAGCGACAGCAGCUCCACCAACAAUAGGCCUUAUGACAGAUACGAGUUAUGGGACAGAGAGCCAAAGUAUUACAACGGCCAAGAGAGGCCACAGCAUCGACCCAGACAAUACGAAGACCACCGGCCGCGUCGACAUAGGGACGAAACAGAUCCUAGAGGGUACCCAGCUGUCAUAUCAGCCCCCCACCACCACGCCCGGGACAGCCGCACUUGGCCGACAGACGACGACGCCAACCGAAAGAAUCCAAAAGAUGAGAGCGUGUAUAACACAGUUAAGACAUUCGCAACAGAUGUCUCAUCAGCUCAUGGCUUCCCGAAUAUAUUCAAAGCCACAUCUGUGAUCGGGCGUUUGUUGUGGACGCUUAUCUUCAUGGCUGCUUGUUCCAUCUUCGUAUGGCAGGUCAGCAUUCUGAUCGACAGAUUCAACCAGUAUCCGGUGUCAGUUGAGGUUGAGAUAGUCACAAGGUCAGAGUUGAAGUUCCCAGCUGUCACACUUUGCAAUAGCAAUAAGAUCCGCCGUUCUGCACUUGCCUUGUCUAGAUACAAAGAAGCACUCAUCAUAGACACAGGACAAACACUGCCUUACUAUGCACCGUGCUUUGAGGGGGACUUCAGCUGUUCAUUAAACUCGCUGUGUCUAAAGCCGUUCUUAGUCUGUGAUGGAAUCAACCAUUGCGGAGAUUUCAGCGAUGAAGAUUCCUGUGUAUAUGAAAACUGCGAUGACGUGACUGAGUUCAAAUGUAAUAAAGGCAGCUCCGCUGGAGUCUGUAUUAGCAAGAGCCUCAAAUGCAACCGCAAAAACGACUGCUACGAUCAAGAUGACGAAACCGGUUGCCAAUGCAAGGCAUCUGAGUUCCAAUGCACCAAAGGAGGAUGUAUUCCCAAAUCACAGCGUUGUAAUAAGAGACUGGACUGCGUUGACGAUAGCGAUGAGACGGACUGCAAUCCAGACGACAGCUGUACGGGCAUGUUUAAAUGCAACACCAACAACGCCAUCGACGCUAUGUGUAUACCUUUAUCCUAUGUGUGCGACAAAGACAACGACUGCCCUAACAGCGACGAUGAAACUCCGGAAGCUUGUGCGGCAAAUACGCCUGCACCAACGUUGCCUCCAGCGUGUGUUGACGAUGACUUUGACUGUGGUGAUGGAAGUUGUAUCCCUAAUUCUUGGCUGUGUGAUAGUUACGGGGACUGCCCGAAUAACAGUGAUGAAGAGGCCACAUUGUGUGGAAGAGAUGAUACACAGUUUGGGAAGACGAGAUGUGAGGAUGGGGAGUGGCUUUGUGGCAACGGUUGGGAGUGCAUCUUGGAGGAAGAACUCUGCGACCUAUCAUUCACUUGUGCAGAAGGAGAUGAUGAACAAAACUGCACAUGUACCCUUUCAGCGUACGGGUCAGCCUCAACCCAGAUUCUUGAAUGUAGUGGAGAGAGUUUUGCAGAUCUUAAUCUUGACUUUGAAACGGCUGAUACCUUGAGGUUUUUCUCGAUGAGUUGCUUCAACAGCUUCUUGCCCACCGUGCCUUCUUAUACCUGGGGGUGGGAGUCCUAUGUUUGUACGGGCAAUCUCAUCUGCAGCAACUUCAACAACUUCCCUGAACCUUGUGCAGUUACCCACGAGUGCUACACAGCUCCUAAUGCCCGAGAUUAUCGCGGUAAUGUGAGGACCACAACAAGCUCUGCAUUAUGCAUGGAUUGGAGCAUGGACGUAGCAGUCGACGCUGGGUUCUCUCUCAAUAUUUAUCCCGAGUUGCUUGGAUCAACCUGCCGUAACCCCAGAGGUCUGCGACAAACUGCUUGGUGCUUUUUAGAGGGAGCGGUGUCUGCGGCGGAUUGGGAGUUAUGCGAUGUCGGACAGCCUUCGACAACUUGUCAUAAUGGAGUGAGUUUGAUUGUCCGAUUGGUGGGAGCGGCAAACGGAGAGGGUAGAGUGGAGGUCCAGCACAAUGGAUUAUGGGGCACAGUCUCUGACGCUGAUUGGACAAUUGAAGAUGCAACAGUGGUGUGUAGACAACUCGGCUUCACAGGAGUAGCAAGUACGACCCCAAGCUUCCCACCAAGUACAGACGAUGUCUUUAUGUCCCAGGUGAAGUGCACCGGACAUGAAUCCUACCUUGUGGACUGUAACUAUCAUGUCGUCGAUGCAUCAGAGGGUCUGGAUCAUAGCAUGGAUGUUGGUGUGUCUUGCUCAGCGUCAAGGAAGAAGAGACAAGCAGAAGAUGCCAUAACUGAAACUGAAUUCUUGUGUAAAAGCGGAGAGGUUAUUCCUGCCUGGCAAACCUGCAAUAAUUACCCUGACUGCAAGGAUGGUAGCGAUGAGUACUAUGGGCUCCGAUGUGAGGACAGCAAAGUCAAGUGUAUAACUACAAUGAAGGCGUGUCGUAACUCCACAGUGUGCAUCCUCCCUUGUCAAGAAUGUGAUGGUUUUUCAGACUGUCCUGGCGGAACAGAUGAAAGAUUCUGUAACGACCCUGCUGGGACGUGCCCUGAAGGCUACAAACAGUGUAAGAGUGGUAAAUGCUACAAGUCUGAAAAGGGCUGUGACACCAUUGUGGAUUGUGAAUGCACCGAGGCGGAUGAUGAGAUAGACUGCUUCAAUUCCGUUAAUGUUGAUGGUCCUUUUGAAAGUGAAACUUGGAAGGACCCUUACCUGGACUUCAUACCCAGUGACAUUCAAGAAAAAUUCCUGACUGAAUUCAAAGAGAACUUUUACAUCGGGCGGCCCUUCAGUCGCGUGAAGAGCGAAGAUCCAGCCGACUGGCGUCGCUUUAUUACCUUCAGUGAGCUACCGGACUACAGCGACUUGAGAGAGGUUUUAAAGCUCUCUAAACCGGAGAUUGCAGAGUUCGGCCAUCAAUUGGAGGAUUUCAUACUGGAGUGUAGCUUUAAUGGUAUCAACUGCCUCGGCAAAAACGAUACAUUUGAACAAAUACAGGAUGACAAAUACGGUAACUGCUACACCUUUAAUAAAGCGGUAGAGGGAACCACUGCAAGACAUUCAUCACAGACUGGGGAGCAGUCAGGUCUUUCUCUGACCUUGUAUGUUGAGCAAGAUGAAUACAUUAGUCUGUAUGGACAAGACAUAGGUGUACGAGUAGCUGUUACUAAUAAUGAGAUUACCCCGGCACUGGCCGAUCAAGGAAUCAAUAUAUCACCUGGCACUGACACAUCCAUUGGUCUCAAACUGAACGUGAUCAGUCGCAAACCGUUGCCGUAUGGAGAAUGCCAAGUACCAAAUGCUACAGUUUCAGAGAUCGUGGAUGGGAAGAUUGUGAAAAUAGAGACCACAAGCUACAAUAGACAGCGUUGUUUGCAAGUCUGCUACCUACAGAAAGUCAAAGAAAUCUGCAACUGUGCCGCGUCCAUGGAACUAGACGGGGAUCGAUGUAAACUUCUGGAUACGGAGCAAGAUCUAUGCAAGCAGAUGAUAUACUUUCUCCAUGUCCACUACCUACUGAAUUGUUCCUGUGAAACGCAGUGCGAAGAUCGUCUGUUUGAGUACUCUGUGUCACAGUCAGCAUGGCCAUCAGAAGCUUUUAGGCCGCAUCUUUUGCGGAACAUUCAUUUUAUCAACGAAAGAACAAAGAAGAUCAGAUCAGCAAGUGAUAUAAGCCGAAACCUGGUACGACUCAAGGUGUUCUAUGAAGAACUGAAUUAUCAAGAAACGCGAGAAAUCGAAGCUUACUCUGGCACAAGUCUCUUCGGUGACGUGGGAGGAACAAUCGGACUUUACAUCGGCUUCUCUUUCCUCACAAUACUGGAAGUGUUUGAGUUGAUCAUCUACUUGAUACGUACCAAGUGUUGUGUGUGGUUUACAAGACGUCAUUGGGACUCCGAUUGGGACUAAUGCUUGUGUGGUAGGAUAUUGGAAACUGUGAACAAACUUCUUCUGAUAGCGCCCUCUUUUGAUCCUCCUCCUCCAGCCUAUGUUAAGGCAGUGGA